AUGAGCGAAGCUCAAGAAUCACCCAUCAAAGGACCCACACCUAAACGAGCUCAUUCGGAAAACAUCACAGCAGACGAAUUAUGGAAAACUCAAGGAUGGGAUCAAACCCCAUUAUUUAUGAAAGAAAUUCCGAAAGAAGUGACGAAUGAAGGACCGAUUGAAGCUUUACAAUCAUUAAUUUAUGAUAUUGAAUCGAUUGAAGAAUCAGUGAAUUCAUUAAAACAGAGAGCCAAUGAAUUAUUUAAAUCAAAAGAUUAUAGACAAGCUUUAGGGUUUUAUGUUCAAGCUAUUGAAUUGAUUGAGUCUUGUAGGAAAUCCAAAACGAAGGAGUAUGAGGAGAAUCAGGAGUGGCUUGAGAUGAUUUGUAAAACACUUAUUUCGAAUCGAGCAGCUUGUCAUCUUUCACUUGGUAAUUAUCGUUCAUGUAUAAAUGAUUGUGAAGUGGUCACACAAGCUCCAUUACCAAGUCCGAUUCCAUCAUUCAUUCGUAAAGCUUUCUUUAGGAAUGCUAAAGCUAAAAUCGCACUAAAUCAAUUUGAGGAUGCAUUGAUACCACUUCAGAGGAUGAUUGAAAUAGAUCAAGAGGCCAAGAAUGUUGAGGAUAUGGAAUUCGGCAAGUUGGUUAAAGAAAUACAAAGGUGUAUACAAGAACGUGAAGAGGUUUCUAGAAGAAAAUUAGAAGAAGCGCAUAGGAAGAUGGUGGAGGAGAAAAGAUUAAGGACAGCAUUACAGGAACGAGGGAUAAUUUUAUCUCAAAAGAUUCGAUUCCCACCAUUACCAAGCAGUUUACCAGCAGGACUCGAGCCGGCACAUUUUGAAACGGAUGAAAUUGAUUCAUCAAUAGUUUAUCCAGUAUAUGUUUUCCGGCCGAAAGACUCACCGCCAAGAAGAGAUUUAAUUUUGAGAUGGAAUGAAGAAGAUGAAUUUAUUGAUCAUCUUUUAGAACUUACCGAAGGAUGUUCCGAAGACGCAAAUGAUUAUCAAUUUUAUAUUGUGACGAUUAAAGGUAGGAUUUUAAAGUGUGGGAAUCGAUUGAGUUUGAAGAGUGUGAUUCGAAUGGGAUUUAAGAAAGAGAAUGGGGAUGGGAUCGGGUUGGGUGAUCAGGGUCAUUUGGAAUUGGUUUUGGUUUUGAAAGGGAGUCAGGAUGAAAAGGAUUGGAUUCAGGAAAUCAAAUCUAAUUUUUCAUCAGCUUCUUAAAAAAUAGAAAUGUCUAUACAUCAGAUUUCUUUGCAACUUGUUAUGAUAAGUUUCUUGAUGCC